AUGCAGUGUUAUUAUUGUUUACCUUGGAGAGUAACGAGUCGAGUGAUUGGAUGGUUAUCAAGUAUUGAGCUACCACAAAAAUUUCGUCCAUUUGUGUAUAAUAAAUACGCUGAACUUUUCAAUGUUAAUUUAGACGAAAUUAAUUGUGAUAUUCAUUUAUUUCCUAGUUUAUCAGAUUUUUUUGUAAGACUGCUAAAACCCAACGCGAGACCUAUUGCUAUGAAUGCCAAUAUUGUUUCUCCUGCAGAUGGAACAAUUCUGUAUCUUGGUCCUGUUUUAACAUCUCAAGUAAAACGGGUUAAGGGAAUAUCAUAUAGCCUGCGGCAUUUUUUGGGCAAUACGAAAUCACAAACAAGUAAAGAAGAUGAAGAGCUUACUGAUCAAGAUAACGAUGAUUAUGUAAAAUCUCUUUUAAAAAAUUCAAAUAAUUCACUGUAUCAGUUAACAGUAUAUCUAGCACCUGGAGAUUAUCAUCGAUUUCAUAGUGCGACGGAAUGGAAGAUUAGGCUUCGUCGUCAUUUUCAAGGUAUUAUCCAGUAUAAUUAAAGAGAUAAAAAAUAAAAUUAACAAUAAUAUACUCUCUCAUAUAAUCGUUAAUGUUUACAACUUUCCAAAUCAAGCUCAUGGCUUUUAAAUCAAACUUUUUCAAAGUCAUUAAAAAUUUUAUGAUCGAUUAAAUUUAAGAAAACAGUUUAUCUGAAAUGAAAAAAAUUGAAGAGCGAACCUUAAGAAUAACCUUACGAAUCAGACCUAAAACUUCCCGAAAAAUUUUUGAUCUGCAUAGAUCUACGUGUCAUUUCUUAGAUCUACUUAAAUAUACGGAGUUAUAAGGAGAUCUGAUGAAAACUCGAUUUUUGCAAAACGGGGUGAAAACAAUAA